AUGGAACGAGACAAGACACCUGAAACUGCGAAUGAUGUAUAUAGUGCAUCAAUAUUUCACACGCAGUAUCCUGUUGCCAUCUCCCCUGCACCUCCUCCUGUUGGUACGACGGAUAUUGAAAAUAACGCUCCGCCAGACGGCACAGCAUCCACAAAUACGCAUUCUAAUGCCAAAACAUCUUCACGGCAAGGCAGUGAGCCAACUUUAAUGCUAGAUGCGGAUAGAGGAGAAGCGGUGGUAGCAGAUCGGCAGAGUGCUCGGUGGAGGGGAUUAUCGAACGACAGGAUGGCGGAGAAUAACCUGAGUUUGCUUCUGUUGCACCUAUGCCCGGUCCUUCCCCGCCACAGCGAUACCGAACAAAAUAUCCCUCGCUGCGGUUAUAAUUUAAGACCAAGGGAAAAGAAAAUUGUUAAAUUAUAA